CAAACAACUGCGAACCCAUUCCUAACUAUUUCCAAGCAGCGGCUUUCACCAUGUUUCGAUUGUUCUCUCAGACUGCGACAGAGGAAGUCCCUCGCGCCCUCCCGUCAUCCUGGUACAGAGAGCCUGCCAUGUAUGAGCUUGAGCGACGGGCUAUAUUCUCCAAGAGAUGGCUACUGAUCACGCAUCGCUCACGAUUCAUCAAAUCUGGGGACUACGUGCGCUACGACGAAGCCGGGUUCUCGUUUUUCCUCUGCCUUGACCGACAAGGUAAUUUAAAUGGAUUCCACAACAUUUGUCGCCACAGGGCAUUUCCUGUCGUCACCGAAGAGAAAGGAAACGUUAGCAUCCUGGCCUGUAAAUAUCACGGGUGGUCGUACGGUCUAAGUGGGAAGCUCGCAAAGGCCCCUCGUUUCGAAACGAUGCCCUCCUUCGAUCAAGAAAGUAACGCAUUGUUCAAAGUUCACACCCACAUAGAUGCACGAGGCUUUGUCUGGGUCAAUCUCGAAGCAGCAGACAAACCAUCAAUUCCGUGGGGUGUUGACUUCGAAGGGUCCGACAAACAACAACGGCUAGGCCAAUUCAACAUGGACGAAUUCUCCUUCGACCAUGCUUGGGACAUGGCUGGAGAUUACAACUGGAAAACAUUGGUUGACAACUAUAACGAGUGCUACCACUGUAGUGUUGCGCAUCCCGGAAUCGCUGCAACCUCCGAUCUGAAGAAUUAUAACGUCGAGGUCACAGGAGGACAGAUUCAGCACUUUGUCAAGGACAAACCCGGCCACGAAUCGGGUCUUGACGCGGCACCGACCUUUUUGUUCCCAAAUGCAUCCGUCACCAUGACCACAAAGUACUUUUACUUAAUGAGAGUGGUCCCAACCUCUGCAACUACGACAUCAAUGCAGUACGAAGUUUACCGCCACAAAGACGCAACCGAUGAAGAGUUCGAGGUGGUCGACGAAUUCUUCAAACAAGUUGAAUCUGAGGACAAGGGUUUAUGUAACGCAGCCCAAAAGAACCUCAAUGCUGGCACUUAUGUGAGCGGGAACCUUCAUUCAUCCAACGAGAAGGGUGUGUUGUAUUUUCAGAAACGGGUGAAGGAGACUGUCAUAGAGCACCGCGCACAAGAGCAGAAGGUAGGUGGAGAGAUUUGGCCGACGAGGAGAACUCCGUCGAAUGACAAUGGAUUACAAGAGGAGAUUGCAUUUUGUGAGGGUCUGUGUGGUACUGAAGGCAGCAAGAUUGAGUGGUAG